CACAAGCUGUGCUAUCUUCGGGUUUCACUUUCCAUUGGCUUCCUUCCCUGGACGGGGUGUUCUUUUCGGUCUUUUGCUCGAGGUAUUGUUGGGAAGCUGCUCUAUUUUCCCCUCGGGUCUUCUUUGUCGCUCUGCAGUGAUGGCAACCAGAGUAAUUCCAACGCGCGGUGGUGGUCAAGGUAAACCCGCUUCAGCCACCGGACUACCUAACCAAACUUUGUAUUGUACCAAUCUCCCAGACAAGCUGCGCAAGCAUGACCUACGGUUAUCCCUCUAUAUGCUUUUUUCAACCUACGGCACCGUUCUCGAUGUUGUCGCCAUGAAGACCCAAAAGAUGCGCGGUCAGGCCCAUAUUGUUUUUAAAGAUGUCCAGGCUAGCACACAGGCUAUGCGGGCCCUCCAGGGCUUUGAGUUCUUCGGCAAACAAAUGAAAAUUGUGUAUGCUAAAGGUCCCUCGGACGUCAUUGCCCGGCUGCGCGGAACGUAUAAUGUGCCCACUACAACAUCUGCCGGUCAAACCACGGGAGCAUCCACAGAGCUCCAGAAAUCGAUUUUUAGCGGGCCCCCAGGAUCGGCGGCUUUGCCGUCGAAGCCCAGCGGAGAAGUCAAUGGAGAAGCUCAAGCAGGCCAAGGUGUCAAACGGCCUCGUGAGGAGGAGAGCGACGAAGAGGAAGCCCCUAUGGACGAGGACAGUGAUGUGCCAAUGGAAGCUUCAUCGGAUGAAGAUUAAUUGCUUCGCUUAUGUACCGGGAAUACGUUGGCCAGGCCAGGGGGAUCCAACCUGAGAGGGGAGGAAGUACUCUGGAUCAAUCUAAACUGUGUGACGCAGUGCCUUGGAAUGUCUUCAUGCCUUCGACUGUGAAGAGUUCCUUGGGCAGCUGAAGACCGAGACGGUUACCCACCAACCCGAGCCAAAUCAUGAGAUAAGUCUCGGGAGUGAGACAGAGCUGUCCUGCAAUGUGCCUCAUCGCAUCCGUUGUUUGGCAUGGAUGAACGAAAAACGCUGGAGUUCCGGAGUCUGGAUGAUACUACGAAGCAUAAGCUCCAGCUUGGGCUAGGGAUUCGAGAUCUUGCACAUACGCCAAAACUAAUACCACCCAUGAUGCCAAUGCUCUGGAGUUCCUUUCUGUAUUGUUCCGGUACCAGGUGUUGGUAGACCGCGUCAAUUCCCAACGGCCCCGGAUGGUUGUCCUGCCGUAAUUGGAAAUACAAGACAG